AUGCUGCUCCUGCCUCUCUUAGUGUCUUUUCCCUUACUGUUUAACUUGAUGUUUGCCAUGCAAAACAGCGCACUCUAUCGAUCUCCAACAAGCGAUCUUUCUUUCGGUAACUUUAAGCGCGAUCCAUUCCAUUACUUGUGGGCAGAGAAACUUUCAUCAUCCAUGAUGAGAGAUCAGUUGGACUGCGGUUUUCUUUGUGUUGGUGAACCAAAUUGUUAUUCGUUCAACAUGGCAGCGUAUCCUGACUCCAAAGGUCUUUAUCUGUGUGAGUUAUUGGCCACAGACAAGUACAGAGAGGCUGAAAAGGUUCAUGCAAAUGCUACCUUCCAUCACUGCAGUCCGUCGGUAAGAUCUCUUCAUAUAUUUGGUGCUUAACACUCUUCGUAUUUCUUCAAAUACAAACUGAAUGAUUCAAGGAAUGUUCACUUUGUUUCUAGUCUCCAUGUGAAAGCGCUCCUUGUAAGAACGGAGGUGUCUGUGUUCCUGAAUAUGAAAGGAACUCCUAUCAUUGUGAAUGUAAGCCUGUAUUUUGCGGAACUCACUGCAAACGCUACAAAUGUGGAGGUAUUGAAUUUAGUCUUUUACUGUUGCAUGUGGUAGAACUGGAAGAGUCACAUGCUGUCAUAAACCAUUGGUUUACCUCUUUUCAACUUUUGGCUAUGAAUUCAAUUUUAAAUCGGUCUAUUGUACUUCUUUUCCCCGAUAAACAUUCCCCAAGUAUAUUUUCCGUAAAGAGAAAAUAAAUUUCGUGUUCAUGUCAGGCACUUUAUAUUAAGAUAAAUUAAAUCUUUUACUUCUAAAUUUCUUGUGUUCUUUGUUGCUUUGUUAUUUGUUUUUCAGGAAAUCGAACUUGCAGUGA